AUGGUAGAAUUGGCGUCAGCUGGAAUUCAUUUGAUAAAUCAAAAGCCUAUUAGAAAACUUCUAGAUGAAAUACUGGAUGGAGCAGAUGUAGAUGAUGUGGCAAUGUUAGUUGUUGGUGAUCCUUUUGGAGCCACCACACACACAGAUUUAGUCCUUCGAGCUAAAGAAAGAAACAUUCCGGUAAAAGUAGUGCACAAUGCUUCCAUAAUGAAUGCAGUGGGAUGCUGUGGACUUCAGUUAUAUAACUUUGGUGAGACGGUGUCGAUUGUGAUGUGGUUGGAAGGAUGGGAGCCGGAUAGCUACUACGAUAAAAUUGCUUCAAACAUGGAGAAAGGCUUCCACACUUUGUGCUUGUUAGGUGCUUAUUUCUAUCUUUCUCCUCUGGUUUUGCAAAAGUACAUUUCAGAUAUCAAAACUAAGGAACAGUCCAUUGAAAACAUGAUGAGGGGUAGAAAAAUCUACGAGCCACCUCGGUAUCUCACUUGUGCUGAAGCUGCUUCACAGUUGUUGAAGAUUGCAGAACGAAAGAAAGCAGCAGGGAUAGAACCUGUGUACCAUGAGUCUUCACCAUGCGUAGGAUUAGCUCGAGUUGGUUGGGAUGAUCAGAAGGUAUGGUUUCUCAUAUGUAGAUGGUUUGAAUGGUUUCCAUAUUUUAAUGGAUUUUUGAGAUUAUGAUA